AUGCUCCCCUGGUAUGUGAUUUUUCAACAUCCACACGAAAAGAAUGGCCUCCAAGCACCAGUAGUGAAGGACAUGAUAGAUGCGCGGUUGGCUUCAGUUUGGCUCAAGCUAAUAACAAGUAAUAACCUAUGGGCAAAAAUGGGGCGCAAGAUCAUAGAAUCUAAUAUACAACGAAAAAGAAAUAUGACAGUCAUGGAGGCUCUCACUCCUGAUGGCUCAACAUUCUCAGUGGCCAAGGCCACAGAGUUUCUAAGACAAUUAUCAAUAACUUCUACUAUGGCACAACAGAAUCAAAGGACAGAGUCGGAGGCCUCUGAAUAC